ACUAAAACAGGAUAAGUAGCACUCUGUACUUCAAAGAAGCGGAUAAAUAGCAAGUGAGACGGAUGGAAACACCAACAUUUUGGUACCAAACUAAAAUGGUAAAAACGAGUUUCUGACGAAAAUAGGACUACGAAAAGAAAAGAAAAGUGUCAUAGCAAAGAAGAAAAUCUUAAAGGAGAAGAUAAAAAAAAUUCCUUCUUCUCAGAACAAGAAAUAGAUGAAGAUUCAGUGCGACGUUUGUGAGAAGGAAGAGGCAACUUUUUUCUGCUCGGCGGACGAAGCCGCCCUUUGCCAAGCCUGCGACGGCCACGUUCACGAAGCUAAUAUCCUCGCCGGAAAACACCACCGCUUCACCCUUCUCUACCACGCCCACCACCUCCGUCCUCCGUCGCAGCAGGUCUGCGACAUUUGCAAGGACAAACGGGCAUUGCUGUUCUGCAAAGAAGAGCGGGCAAUCCUCUGCGGCGGCUGUGAUCUGCGGAUCCACACCGCCAAUGAGCGAACCCAGAAACACAGCCGGUUUCUUUUGACCGGAAUCAAGCUCUCUGCUUCUAAUGCAUCUCCGGCGACCACCGGAGAUCACCCGGACGCUGCUACGAGAUCGCCAGCGUCGGAUGCCGUUGUGUCGGAGGUGGAUCAAAGCGGCGAGGGGUCGGUGGUUUCCGGCGGAGGUAGUAGCAUAUCGGAGUACCUGCUUGAGGCUAUCCCCGGAUGGCACGUUCAAGAUUUUCUUGAAUAUGAAUUCUAGUUGAUGGGCGAACUGCAAAUUUAAUUAAGAUAAUAUCAUGCAAGUACGUCAAGAAUCACAAGAGGCAUGGGUAGUCAUCAUUAAAUGCUUUUUUGGACAGCGACACAAUUAAGGUGGUAGCAAUUCCAUCUACAAGAUUCAUUCCAGAUUUCCAUCUUCAAUCAUAUGAUGCAUGCACGGGAUGCACACCGAUUCAUUCCAGAUUUCCAUCUUCCAUCUGUAAUUUUUUCUUUAUUUUUUGUUAGUGUGAACAUUUUCGUUUUUCCAAUUUGAAGUGUUCCACUUUCUUCAAGUGUAUAAUCACUAAUCAGCUCACUUGAACUGUAAGUCUAGAUCAGUUCCUACAAGUCCAAGAGCGGUUAAAGGUUCGGUAAUGGAUCCGACGUCUCUGUCUAGCUUGCUUUGACAAUAAAAAAUCAAUUGUAGAAAAUGAUCGAAGGAGUUUACUUUUUUCGCGAAUCUUAAUAUCCUCCUUUCGAUCUUUUUCAUUGGUGAGCGCAUGAUAUGGCACUCUCUUUAAGGUGUAGCAUCCCAAACAUUGGCGGAGCCAGAAAUGACAGGUUAGAGAGGCCGGGCUUAAGGAAUUUAUUUUGAAGGAACCAAAACUUAGAACUUCACUAUAUUUUUUAGUACUUAUUAUUAUUAAUAUUAUUAUUAUUAUUAUUAUUAUUAUUAUUAUUAUUAUUAUACAUAUAUACAUUAGAAUUUUUUUCUUGUGGGGCCUCUCGGGUUUCCACAAUCCCAACCCCCCGCAAUUUGGACUGUGCUUAAUUUUACUCCAAAUCAGGAGCCAAUGUACGUUGUGAGCUAGCAGUGCAAUAGGCAAUAUAGCUACAUUUUUUGCACCAGAUACCUACGGUGUUGUAAGUUUAAAGUUUGUAACAAUAUAAUGCUACACCACACCCGGCCAUUUAAUUUGCUAAUUU